AUGAGGACAAUGAACCCGGAGAGGGCAGAAGAUAGAGCCCUGUUAAUGGAUUUUUAUCAAUUGAAAACAUUAUCGCCAAAACAGUUUGACAAGGAUACAAUUCCGAGCACUUUCAAGAUUGAUAUUUCAAACGAAAAUUUAGCAGAAAUUCCGAAGGAAAUUGUCAACAACUUGCUAGGUGAUAACUCCACUGAGUCAGAUGAGAAAAUGAAAACCUCAAGUGCUAAAAAUAACACAUCAAGUGUAGGUAAAGGAUCAUACGUAGACCCAUUAGGAUUUAAAUCAAACAUAUUAGAUGAACUAAUUGAUAAGGAUAUUCUCGAUGACACAAGAGAUCCACAGAUUGGAAAAUUUAUGGUGGACUCGAAACUAUUCAACCCUAGAUUGUUUUUGAGCGUUGUUCACAGCGAUAAAUCUCUAAAAGAGUUACUUUUUGGUAUUAAGAAUCUAGAAAAUGAUAUCGAGUCUAAGAAACCUCUACUUCAACAACUGAUAACAAAUAAUUUUGAAAGAACAUUGAACACCAAAAAUUCAUUGGACAAAGUUUUCAACCAUUUUUCAACUUCUAACUUGAAUGCUGAGAUUUCAGACUUAAAUGACGCUUUGUCAUCUUCAAGCAAUUCCGCAAAUCAAAUGCUAAAUCCUAUUUUGCUGCUACUAUCUAAAGAAAAGGAUCUUACAAAUACUGUAUCAUUCAUCAAAGAAAACAGGUCUUUUAUCGACUUGCCUAAAAAACUGAAAAGGUAUGUCGAUGAGGAUGACUUUGACUCUGUCUUGAAAGAGUAUGAGUUAGGUUUUCUUUUUUUCCAGAAAAUCAAGUCAGAAAAGAACGUUAAUCCUUUCUUUGACAAAAUAUGGUCUAACGUCAAGACUGUCAUAGAGCAAUACAAGCAAUCCAUGAUUGAUGAUCUAACCAACACUAGAAUUGAUUUAAUAAAUAGCAACUUCAAAUUACAACUGAAUUCUAAAAAAAGGAAUUUUGUUGUUUUGCUCAAAAGAAUAGUAGAACUAGAUCCAGCCAGUACUCCAAUGAAGACUUUUGUUAAAUCGCAAUAUGAAAACAUUAUCAAAGACUUAGACAAAGGGCUUGUACGCAUUGAUUACCAAGACUUGAAUAAUACAAGAAAUGCAGUUUUGAAAGCUUCUGGUAGUGAAAAUGGAAACAUUAAUCUAAGUGUAAAUGCAUUUAAACUAUUCUCACAAUUGGCAUCACCUUCAUAUGAUAAUGAGCAAAUCGACUCACUAUAUGAAAGGCUGGAUUCUCGCAUGGUUAUCAGCUUAUGGGAGUUUUUCCAGUUAUAUGUGGAAACUGUCACUGAGGGAGUUAUUGGUAAUAAGAUUAUAAAAUUUGAAAGCAUGGUUGAGUUUUUAGCCCACGAUUUUGUUAAGCUUCUUAGUGAAAAAGCAAGACAAGUAUCACGAAAGAUAGAUGAAAAGAGCAUCGCCGAAAUGAAACAGUUCUUUAAGUCCAUGAUGAAGAAAAUUUGUGAUAGAUUAACAUUUCUAUUUGAAAGUACUACAGAUGAUCUUAAUAAAGCUCUAUUAAUCAGUGAGAAAGAUGGACACAGUGCGGUGUUCCCCAAACCUGGCUUGCGUAACAUAGACGAUGUUAGUACAUAUGGGUUUGUAACACCUAAUUCCAACUCUAUUACCACCAUUUGCUAUUGUGUGAAAUUCUUUAAAACUCUUUCCAAUAAACUUGUGAGUAUAAAAAAUCAGAAGUUUAUUCUAAACACACCAGAAGUAAACUCUAUCGUUGAAAUCACCUUGACUGGUAUAAAUAAAAACAUUAUUGAAGGAUGCAUUGCGGCAAUGAAGCAUGAUAUCCAAUCUGCCGUCUACAUAGACAAUAUGGAACCGAACGAAUCAGUAGAAGGUUCCACUAGGAUUACAACAUUCAGUUUGAACUUUUACCAAACUUUUGUUGCAAAGAUUCAUGAGUUGCAUGAUGGGAGGGACCAAACGAUAGUUGAAUUGAUUCAACAUCAUCUUUUGCAAUCAGUCGAGCUAUUACUUAAAAACAUUGCUCAAAAUAUCGACAAGCUUUGUGACUCGGAUCCAAAUAGAUUUGAUUACUAUUAUCUUGUUAGUAUCUAUAAUAUUCGACAUAUCACAACUAAAGUCUUACCACUCAUUUUAAAAUCUUUUGACAUGAAUUUCAAAACGAAAUUGACCACUAAAAAGGAUCUUGAAAUCUAUAAGAUAUCUGAUAGUUUGGAAUCACAGAUUUUUGUGGAUUAUAUGAAGGAGCCUUUCGCCAACAUUUCCAAGAUCAUCAAUUUGGGCAUGGCCGAUAUAAAUGUUAGAUCACAAAACGUUUUGUCUAAAACCUCAACCAAUGACAUUGUUCCCGCUUCACCUUUUCUGUUAAGUAGUAUAAACUACAUCAACACACUGAAAUCAAAGCUUUACUCAUUCAAUGUAAGACCUUCUUUUGUUCUAGACAUCCAAUCAGCACUCAUAACAAAGCUUCAGAAAAAAAUACUUGAAAACUUGUCCUCUGACUUUACCAAAGAUGCUCAAUACCAACUAUCUAUUGACUUAAUGUUAUUGGUUACUCUUCUGAAGAAAUAUAACAGCAAGGCGUAUGAUCAUAAUAAAGUGGAAACAUCAUCUUUAGAAAAAGCAUUGACGAAACUGUCAUCUAAGUUUGAUUCGGCAUCUGUCGAAAAAAGUGUCCAUGAAAAUUUAUCUUUGAAUUAUAUCCAAUUUAACUCAUUUAUCUCCGAUUGA